AUGGAGACAAGUGAGCUCUGCCUGCAGGGAGAAACCUCCAUGUAUCUUGAUCACAACAAAAUAAUUAUAAUUGAAGAGAAAGCGUUUGCGUCUCUCUCACAGCUAAGAUACUUACAUCUGCACAACAACGGAUUGAAAAGACUCACCAAGGGCAUGUUUACUGGCUUGGUAUCACUCACAGCACUAAAUGUUUAUGAAGUGGAACAACAACUAAUUUCCUCCUUUAACUUUGAUUUUGGAAAUAGUCGUCUUCACGAAAACAGCAUUCUUGAAAGUGAAAUUGCGACGGACAUCUUCGAAGGCCUGCUUAACCUGAGGAUCUUAUCACUGGACAGCUUCAUUGUCUGCUGUUACGCUAAGAAAGCUGCAAAGGACUUGAUAUGUGAUUCUCCCAAAAACGAGUUCUCCAGUUGCGAGGAUAUGAUGAAGAACCCAAUCAUUAGAGUCUGCCUUUGGAUUCUUGGAAUUGUAGCGUUAGUCGGCAAUCUGUCAGUGAUUUUCUGGAGGCUCGUUUAUGGCGAAGAUAGCAAAGUUCAGUCCUUUCUUUUAAAAAAUUUGGCAGUCGCCGACUUCAUUAUGGGUGUGUAUCUCAUUAUCAUAGCCGUACAGGACACUCGCUGGCAGGGAGAGUACUUCGAGCAUGACGUGCGGUGGAGAGGUGGCACAUUAUGUCAAGUGACGGGUGCCUUGUCCAUGCUCUCUAGUGAGGUUUCGGUUAUGCUUCUUACCGUCAUUACCGCAGACAGACUUAUCUGCAUCGUCUCCCAUUUUCGAGUACAGCCUUUGAGCCUAAAGACUUGUUAUUUGAUUUGCUUAUUGGUCUGGUUACUUGGCUUCGUCAUAUCAUUUUUACCAAUGUCGGGUCUGAGUUAUUUCAAUCCUGAGGGGAACGGGAAUAGCUUCUACGGAAGAUCAACAGUGUGCCUGGCUCUUCAGUUGUCCAAUGACAGGCCGCCUGGCUGGGAGUAUUCUGUCAGCAUAUUCAUCGGCUUCAAUUUAGCAGCAUUUUUGUUCAUUUCGUUGUCUUAUGUGGCCAUUUUUUUGUCUGCUGUGAAAUCAUCGAGCGCGAUAAGAUCAACGAAUGUCAAACGGGAGUCAACCCUCGCCAAACGAGUCGCCUUUAUCAUUUUGACAGACUUCUGUUGCUGGAUGCCUGUGAUAAUUGUUGGUAUCUUAUCCUUGACCGGAAGUUUCAAUGAUCCCGAGAAGCAGGUAUAUGUGUGGAUGGCGGUAUUUGUACUUCCGUUUAAUUCCUCUGUGAAUCCUAUACUGUAUACACUUGCCACUCCUCAGAUGCGGGAUUGGUUCUGUAAAGAUUCUAAAAGUAAAGUGAAUGGAAAUAGAGGAGUUCGCUCUGUGGAUAAAUCAGCGACCCCAGCCAGCAAUCUCACAACUGAAAAAACUAAGACUGAGUUCAGUUUUCCUUCGUUGAAAUCCGUCACAGAACUGAAUCAUAUUGGAAACAUUAAUGAGGGUUUUCCGGACGAUGAUUUACAGCCAAAAAGCAGCAAUGAAUUGGUUUCAAUAAAAAGUGGCUCUUUAUGUGAAGACAUGGUUUCCACUUUCGAAACUCACCUCUGA